AUGCCAUCAAAUCGAAACCAACAAAUCAAUGAAUUAUCACAAGACAAUGAACAAGAAGUUCAAAGUGAAGAAGGAUCAGAAGAUCAAAUGAUAGAAGCAGAAAACCGAGAACCCACCGAACGAGAUAUCUUAACAGGACAAAAUAUGAAUGAGAUCUGUCAAUUAGAAGAAGAUCGAGAAGCACAAUUGAUAUCUAAAAGAAAGUUACGAAACCAUUUUGAUGAAGUGAUGGCCAUGAGAGAUGAUACGAAGAUGAUCACCAAUCAAAGUUUUCAUUCUAGAAUUCAAUUAUUAGAUGGAGAUUUCAAGAGUGUGAUGAACCCAGGAGUAGCAACGAUUGAUGCACAAGCUUUAAGAUUACUUUCUGAAGCUCAAGUUCAAAGAACAAGAGAUUUGAAAACUGAAAUUGAAAGUUUUAAUACAGAUGAUUUUAUUACUCAUUUUACUCAAUUGUUGGGUAAAAGGAAUACAAUGGAUUCAGAUGAUGAUGAUGAUGAUGAAGAUCAUGUUCAGAAUCGUGCAAGAGGAUUUGUUGAUUGGGAAAAAGCGGGUAAAAGGUUAAUGAGAUAUUCUAGAAGAGCUCCUACAAUGGAUGUGAUGUAUGGACCUUUGGAUAUUGAGCAUAAGAAACGUAAGUUUACUCAACGAACGAAAGUCGUCAAAGAUCCGACUCAAAAAACUGCACCUACAGAGGUUGCGGCUGCAGAUUUGAAUAAAGUACGAGAAGAAACCAUAAGAUUAACAAAUUCAAUUCGACAAAAUUUACAUCGUCAACCUGAAUCAGGAGUUAACUUUUUUAAAUUUUUCAUUAAUCCAAAUUCAUUUUCACAAUCAGUUGAAAACUUAUUUUUUAUAAGUUUUUUAAUUAAAGAAGGUGCAGCUGCUAUUGAAAAUGAAGAUGAAGAUGGAAAUCCAAGAGAAUUUCCAAUCAUUCUUGCAUCUGAGAUUAUGUCUAAACAAGAUAUGGCUGAAGGUGCUUAUAAGAAAGCUCAAGUGAUUAUGGAACUUACGAUUCAAGAUUGGGAAGAUGCGAUCGAAUUGUUUGAUAUUAGAAAACCUAUGAUUGAACAUCGAGAUCCAACACCUGCUAAAUCAAAAUAA